UUGUUGAAUUUCAGAGUGAUAUUUUGAUCCGUUUUAUAGGAUAUUAUUUUGAAUUUGGAAAUUUUAAUUACAGAUUUAAAAUCACCCUAAAAACCCGUAAAAGGCAGGAAUUAGAUGCUAAUUAUUCUUAGAAAAACAUCAGACACGAAAGAGUUAAUAAUAGCAAUAAUAGUCUAAAAUAUGCAAUCUAUACAACCUUAAAAAGCAGUUUUGAAACAAGUUUAAAUGCAUUUACAAAAAAAAAUGAGGAAUUCAUUUAUACCAUAUGAAAUUCAUGCAUGAUAAUGAAAGAUAUUUCUUCGCAUCUGCAUUUGAUGCAUGCGUCAAUCUAAUGAUGUAAGUUUGUAUAGAAAUGACAAAUUGUGUCGCGUAUUUCAAUAAACAAAAAUUAAAAUAGCAAAUUACACGUUUAUGUAACAUUUUUAAAGAUUAGUGAAGUUUCGGAAUGAUAACUUCUGACCUAAGCUAACGUGAUAUCAUUGCGGUAUUUAAAUUACCGCAUCCGGGUAAAAAACUUCAUGUUCUGCAAAUUUUGUGCCUACAGCUCAGAUCAUAUUUGACCACGUAAAACCUUCGAAGGUGCUGUGGCGAAAAUGUUACGCGUACAUGCAAAUUUAGUGGUGUGGAUUUUAAUUUUUGUUCUAACAGUCGUACGAUACAAUUCGUCGGCGUAUAACAUUGAUUCGCACAGCGCCAAAGUAAUUCGCAAUCCUGUGUCUGCAUCGAAAGAACGUAGAAGUUAUUUCGGAUUUUCGGUAGCUUUGUACGUAGGUGCGAACGAAUCUUCAUUACUCGUCGGUGCGCCCCGAGCAAAUUCCAGCAAAGUGCCGUCUCUAAUGGAACCAGGAAUUGUUUUUCAUUGUAAGAUAAAUUGUAGGUGUACACGGUGUACAGAGUGGCCAAUUGAUAAUAGCGGAAACGGUCAGUUUAACAAAAUCUAUCAGAUAAAGGAUAACGCUUGGAUCGGUGCUACUAUUGCCGUGCAGAACAGUACGAGGCCCAGAGUUUUGGUAUGCGCACCGCGAUGGAUAAGUAAAUUUAUUGGCGGUAAUUCGAAUUGGUAUAUGAGCGGUAAUUGCUACACGUCGGUAGCUAUUAACGCUGGUACGUUCGAAAGGCAAGCGGAUAAUGGGAUAUUACUUAUGAAUUAUACAAAUCAAAGCAUGGAAAACAAUAAAUUCGGACAGUGGCAAAGUGGGUUUUCCAUACAUAUGAACUCGUAUGAUAAUAAUAUGACCAUCAGUAGUCCAGGCUUGAACGAAUGGGAGGGCUACGUGAGCCAAUUGGCAAUCCUGACGAAUAGUUCAACACACUUCUGGUAUUGUACAAAACUGGUUCAGAGUUACGAUUAUUUCGGAUACGCCGUAACUGCUGGUUUUUACUUCAAUGAGAAAGAUCUCUAUUAUGCUUCCAGUGCGCCAAGAAGUGCUGACAUGGUCGGAUUAGUUGUCAUAUUUAAAUUUCCUUUUAUAAAUUCUGAUCUGACAGUACGCGGUCAACAAUAUGGCGAAUAUUUCGGUGCCGUGUUAACAUCCUGCGACGUUAACGGUGAUCGUAGACACGAAUUAAUCGUUAGCGCACCACUAUGGUCCAGAGACGUCGAUGAAGGUCGCGUCUACAUCUUUUCAGCGCAAUAUAAAGAUGUCUGGAAUUUCGUGGAACUCCAAGCGAUCGAAGGCGAAAUCGUUGGAGGCAGAUUCGGAUCCGCCGUGAUGUGUCUGGGUGACAUUGAUCAUGAUGGUUAUGGCGAUAUUGCCGUGGGUGCACCCUACGAGGAAGAAAGCGGCGGGGCAGUCUACAUAUUUAACGGAAAUAAAGACGGUGUUCGUCAGAAAUAUAGUCAGAGGCUGGUCGGCUCGCGAUUUUCGCCGACGAUGCGAGGAUUCGGUAUCUCCAUCUCGGAACCCCGAGAUGUAAACCGCGACCAUCAUUCCUAUUUCGCUGUAGGCGCGCAUCUGUCUGAUGAGGUGGUUCUGCUGAAAUCCAUGACAGCAGUCACAACAAAUAUGGUGUUUUUAGCAGAUCCGACGACACUGUUGAGAAAUGUAACAACCUUUCAAAUCCGUACUGCGGUUUUUUACGAGGGCUUAUCCGAUUGUCUGUAUAUUGAUGUAAUCUUCAAGCUCGAUCAACUGUAUCGCAGAGCCACGUAUACAGGACGCGAAGAUGACACUGGAAUUACCAUAUGGUAUUUGAAGCUAAGUAAAAUAAAAGCUAUAAUAACACUUCAAAUAUAUCUCAAGCAAAAUAUUCAAAACACAAGUCCGCUCGAAUUAGCGGUAUCUAUUCGAUUAAAUGAGACAGAAAAUGAAAACUGUUGCAAGUCUUGUGUUAUAAACGAGUUUCGUUCGAAGACUGAGGGUGUUUUAAAGAUGCCAUUUGUAAAUUUCGAAGACAACAUAGAUAUUUCCGAUGUCGGCGUAACAUUGUCCACUGACUCAAGUCCCGCUAACAGGUACGUCAUUGGUUCUACGGCGAUAAUUAUGCUACAUAUCAACGUUUACAAUCGCGGAAAACCGGCCUACCGAACGAGAGUUCGCAUCUUCACUGAGGUCUUAAGGUUAGCGAAUAUCCCUCCCGAAUGUAUAGAAGAUUCUCAUGCAAACAGCUUUUUGGACGUGAUCUGCAACGUCGGCAACCCUCUCAGAACAAAUAAAAUAUUAACGCUGCAACUGGAUAUGAGCACUGUGAGACAUGACAAAGAAAUAAAGUUGCAGGCAAAUAUCAGUACACAGAGCAACGAAAUUAAUUUUUAUGAUAAUUCCUGUGUCAUCGCCAUACAUUUUGACAUGAAUAUUAAUUUGACGAUCACCGGGUUAGUAUAUUUCAAUGUAAAUAUAAUUCAUCAAAAUUACUAUAUUCAAUUCUGUAUUAAUACUUCCAUUAGAAGGGCACAGGAGUAUCUGUAUUCGUACUCACACGCAAAUGAGAAAAGAAUGCCGAGCAGUAUUGCGUUUCAACACUUCUACAAAGUGCAGAAUUUUGGGGUUAGUCCUGUUAACAAAGCUAUGUUGUCCAUGAAAAUUCCCACGCACAUUUGGCGAUCCAAUGACGAAAAAAUAGCGAUUGUCAAAAUUGAUGAUAUUAUUGAUCAAAUGAAUCAAUAUGAAUUAUAUUGCGACGAGUUACAACAAACCGAAUUUUCCAAUGCGUUGAAAAAAAACAUACCCACGCAUACAGCAAUUAUGAUGAAUUCGCCGAUCUCCGCAAACGAUAACAUGCAUCCAAAAUUCAACACGCCGUUAUAUGUACCACCUGAAGAGAGAACAGUCUACAUAAAUUGUACAAGUAACGCGAUUUACUGCGCACAGAUCGACUGCAGACUACGACCAUUUUCAAGCUACUUGUCUUUUGCGAAAUUUGUUAUAACGUUAGAUCUACAGCUAUCGAAUUUUCCUAGUAAGUAUUUCACAAUCCAUAUAAAAAAAAAAAAAACACAUUUUAUCUAUCCUUUGAUUUCAGAUAAUAUAAUAAAUAACAAAGACAUCAUAUUUUACGUGACCGAAGGUAGCAUUAAUAUAAUGCAACUUUACAACGUUACCCAAAGAAACAGUCAUAAAUCGAAUAGUAUUUUAGUAGCUACGAUGUUUGUGGGUCCGCCGAUAGCGCAGCACAUAAUACAAAUAGAGAUAUUAGCAAUUUCAAUAUUUGUAGGACUUCUUUUCGUAACAUUGUUAACAUUGUGGUUAAUAAAGAUUGGCUUCUUUAAAAGGGACAGAAUAGAUUUAGAAGCGUUGAUGGCUGAAAAUAAUAUUAUAAAUAUCGAUUAAAUUACACUUUGUAAAUAUAGAUUCUUUUUUAUUAUAAUUCUUCAGAAUAAUUUAUUAAUAUAUUUUAUUAAAUCAUACUUUGUGUGUUUUUUAAAAAUUAUAUGAUACCAUCUUGGAUGGAAGUGCUUUAUCAUUAUUAGAUACAUAGGAUUUAGAAUAGAUAACUUAAUAUAAUUUUACAAUUUUAUUUAUGUAAUGUGUAUACUUAUAUUUUUUGAUAUAAAUAAAUAUAU